AUGCCCUGCGAGACUCCACGUCCGCGUAAGAGGGUACGCUUCUCAGAUCCAGGCCCUACGACGCAGGAUCUUUCAGAUUACUCGACUGGCCUUACUCCAGUAUUGUGUCGAACUUCUUUUGAGGAGAAGGAGUACGGUUCUCAACGCACCCCGAAUCGCCCGUCACGUCGCCGGCCCACUCCUCUUCCACGGUCUCGCCGAUCCACUGACAGUCCGAUACCACGAGGUUCUACAUCACCCGAGAGGGUUCUGCAUUUCACGCCACUACGGCAGCUAUUGGACACGCGGACUCAACGCAGGAUCAGACGUACAGGCCUCAGUAACGAGAUUACCAACAUCGAACGCGAAAAGCGAGCAGUAGCUCAGUACGAAAGAUCUCUCGAGACGCUGCUGCGCGAAAGGGACACUUUGAAACAAGAACUCGAGGUGGCGAAAAGAGAAAACACUUCCCCGUCAAGUCAAUCACCAAGCCACGAUGGAGAAUGGAUGGCACCGCAGGAUCGGAUUGAACAUCUAGAGUUUGCCAACGAUCGACUGAGGGCACACCUAUCAUCAUCUGCUCAAAGUAACCACCAGGCCAUAGCAUCCGACAGCGACACAGAUACGGUGGACACGAUUUUGAUAAAUGAUAGCGGUUUUGAUGGAGACACUAACUUAUUCAUGUCGGAUUCUCCCGAUCUUCGUGCAGCUGGUACGGGCCACCCUAUUAUAGACAGCUUUUCACUCAGCCAAGAGCGAUCAGAUACCGAUGCUUCUGCGCAGACAUCAUGCAACAUGAACUCUGACUUCCUCGCUCUCUCUCGGGAUCUGAAAGCAGCGGAGAACGAGAAGAAAAAACUAUUCGAAGCGUGUCGCUCGCGUAUUCACUUGCUAGACGAUACACCCCUUGGACACCAUCUUCGUGAACGUUCCCCUCCACCCGACUUCCUCGACGACAUUAUCCCAAGUCUCAUGCAAAUGCUUACCCGUGCUUCAGACGCCACGCAAACUUUGAGUGAUAUCCAGGCUGAACUCUCUAGUCUCGGCUUCAACGGUGCAAGUGCAUAUGAGAGCGUGGAAGAAUUGCACAACCAAUUUCGCACUGCACGUCUCGAGCUGGAACGGACAGUCCCUGGAGAGACGGCCGAUGCUGGCCUGAAUGAUGGAAUGUCCACGCUGAGUGCACUUGUGAAACGAGUCAAGGGGCUCGUCACGGACCUUGGUGAGGAACGGACGCGCCACCAGGGCUCGGCUGAUCGCGAAAGGGCUCUGCGAGGACAGUUUGAUACCCUUCUAGUCCGCUAUGAGUCCGCGUCAAAGAAGAUCCAGGACAUGGAAGAGUCGAUCGUGUCUUCUGCAGGGGAUAUGCUCCAUACGAGAAUGAGAAUGCAGGAUCUCGAACGUGAAGCUCAGGAGCAGGUCAUCGGUAUCGAUAGAUUAAACACCGCGCUGAGCAAAUAUCACGGCGAAGUCAAAGGCCUUGAAGAACUCGUGACCAAGUUAGAAGAGGAGAAAGUCCAGCGCACCGAGAGCCAUGCCCAACAACUAUCUGAAAUAGCCCAUAAGCUGGCCGGUGAAGAACAAGCGCGUCGCACGGCCAAUUCAACCAUUGCAGAUAUGGAAAGGUUGAUUCGCGAGCUAGAACAGGUUAUUGAACAAAAUAGGAUACAGGUCCGCGGCCUCACUGCCAAAAUGGAAACAAUUGAGCGCGAGCGCUCCGAGGUGGUCGAAAGCCAAAGGAGCAAUGCUGAGAAACAUGAACAUGAAAUUGGUCUGUUGAAUGUCCGGGUUGCUGAACUCAACACGGCAUUGGAGUCUGCCAAAGCGGAAGCAGAGAAGCUCGGUCGCAGCAAUUCUGGCCUCGAAGAACAACUACGACUGGAGGUUGAAACAAGAGACGGCUUUCUGGAUAAAUGGGUUGCGGAGCAGACACGAGCAUACACAACAAUGAAGGCUGCAGUCAGCGCUGAACGUCGCAAAGCAAAGGUUCGAGCUGCGAACUGGGAGUUGAAGUCAGAUGAACUGCAGGCAGAUGGCAUGGGGGGUGGCAGCGAGCCCAUCACCCCAGUCAGCAUGACACGAUUUGUUGAUGUGGAGGUUGGACGGGGGAAGCAUCGAAGGCGGCUCGACAGUGGAAUUGGUAUUCUCACUGAGGACGAGCUAGAAGACGAGGUGGACGUUGUUCCCUCGGACCCAGCCGAUCUUUAA